GCGAGCUGUCAUUGAAAUGUUUUCAUAGACGGUUCGGUUCUCAGUGGAAAUGCAUAUGGUACAGUUACACCAGCAGAAGGGUGAAAAGUGUCGUUUGUUCAAAGAGGGAAUUGAAGCUGCUUAAUGGCAGGAAAGUCUACUACAGGAAAGCACAGCUACUUCAUUGCUCCGUAUAUUAAGGUAAUGCCCGGACUUUGUUGGAAAAUACAUAUAUAUUCGUGUAAUGAGUCAAAAUAAAAAUUUACCAGGCUGCAGCUGUAAUCUAAAGUGGAAUACCCACAUUAAUUUUACAUGGAGAAAGCCCACUGUUCCCCGUUUGGAUUCAUAGUAAUGAUUUUGCGUAAUUUUGUUUCGCAAUAUAAGACAAGCACAUGUGGACUAGUUCACCUUUUGGACUGAGCUAACCGCAGUAACACAUGAUGACCAUGAUGGCUUUUGGAGCAAGAGCAGUUCUUAACCUGAGGUACACUCUGCAGAAGGCGGGCUCCUUUGCCAGACUGAGACUCAUGCACAAUUGCGGCACACGUUUUGUUAAACCAGGGCAGACUUUAAGCCAAAUUCCCAAGGUUACACUGUUGUGUUGGGGUGCAGUCAGUGCAUCAUCAUAUACUGCCAGAUGCCAGGAAGCGAUACUACCAACCCAGGUCCCUGAUAGAAAGUCUGUAGCAAAAGUCCAAGUCCACAAAUUUAUAUUUUUCUGUCGCCUCAGUCUCCGUGCAUUGGUUCUACUCCUCAAAUUUGGUCCCCUUCUUCUACUUUCCCCCUUGGCUCUGGCCUCAUCCAACUUUGCAUCUUAUUGGCUGGAUGCUUUGCUGUGGGUGACUGAAACUUCAGGCCCUACUUUCAUCAAGCUGGGGCAGUGGGCCAGCACCAGACGAGACAUCUUCUCUCAAAAGUUUUGUGACCGCUUCUCCAAGCUGCAUGUCAAGGUGCGCCCUCACUCCUGGGCCCACACCAAGCAGUGUCUUCGGAGAGCUUUCGGAGAGGACUGGAGAGGGGUGUUGGUGUUUGAGAGCAAAGAACCUGUGGGUUCAGGAUGCAUUGCCCAGGUGUACCGAGGCUGGGCCAAGGUGGCCCAGGUAGAGGACCCAGCUUUCCAGUUGUUAGUAGAGGAGAUGGAGAAAGAAGACUUGCUGGAAGCCUGGGAGAUCCCUGGUCUGAGAGGAGUAGCAAACAGUCUGCGACAUCUCUGGAGGAGUGAUAAGAAUGAGGUGGGCUAUGAGGAGACAAAUUAUCCAGAUGGGUUGCAUGAAGAGGGUAGCACUGAGGGGGAGCGUCUCAUACCGGUGGCAAUCAAGGUGGUCCAUCCAGGUGUAAGGAGACAGGUGGAGAUAGACCUGUUACUAAUGAAAGCAGGCAGCUGGCUUCUGCAUUGCUUGCCUGGCCUCAAAUGGCUCAGUAUGUGUGAAGUUGUGGAAGAGUUUGAGAAGCUAAUGACCAAACAGAUUGACCUCCGAUUUGAGGCCAGAAACAUUGAACUAUUCAGAGAAAAUUUCCGUGAUGUCGAUCAUGUGAAGUUCCCGACUCCGUUACGACCGUUUGUCACCAGAAACAUUUUAGUGGAAACAUUUGAAGAGAGUGAGCCUAUUUCUAACUACCUGAGCUCUGAGAUUCCUGUGGAGGUGAAGCAGAGAAUAGCCAGAAUGGGAGUAGACACUCUUCUAAAAAUGGUUUUUGUGGAUAACUUUGUCCACGGUGAUCUCCAUCCCGGCAACAUUUUGGUCCAAUGUCGAGAGCCUCUUGCUGGUUCUUCUGAUGCCACCAGUAUCUCAGUGGAGCACCAUGGGAAGACCACCCUCACAGACUUGUGGGAUACCGUGGUGGUCAGUGUCAGACCGGACCCGUGUCCUCUCCAGCUGGUGCUCCUGGAUGCCGGCAUUGUAGCCCAGCUCAGUGACCACGACCUCGCCAACUUCAAGGCUGUCUUCACGGCUGUGGUGCUGCGUCAGGGUGAACGUGUGGCCGAGUUAAUUCUGCAUCAUGCCCGAGCUAACGAGUGCCAAGAUGUGCUUCAGUUUAAGAAGGAAAUGGCUGAGCUGGUUGAUCAUGCUGUCAGCAACACCCUGUCGCUAGGGAAGAUUCAAGUAGCUGACUUGCUCUCCAGAGUCUUUGGCCUACUCAUCAAGCACAAGGUCAAGCUGGAGAGUAACUUUGCCUCCAUUGUGUUUGCCAUCAUGGUGCUGGAGGGUCUGGGCAGGUCACUUGAUCCCAAUCUUGACAUCCUGGAUUUGGCCAAACCCCUGCUUCUUAAGAACAGUGCCUCAUUGCUCUGAUGUACACACACACAAACACAGACACAAAUGAUUGCCUACUGACAGGCAUUUAUACUCACAAGUACUGUGUGCAUACAGCUCAUGUGUAUGUCUCCCUAAUGCCAUGACAACCAGUUGUCUUCAGGAUUGCAAUGCGAUAUUCCAGCAUGGAUCACAGGAUCACCGUUUACUCCACAUUUCUGAAAUAUUGAUGCAAUGAAUACCUCAUUGUGUGUUUAAUCCAGCUAGAAUCUCUAGUUUAUACUUUUAAAAUGUAUUUUACUUCUAAAGACGAACGUUAACCUCAGGAUGUCUUUUAAUGUCUUAACGCUUUAUUGUUUCCUUCUUAGGUAAUAUCUAAUGGAGCCUUGUUGGUUUGAGUGUGAAUCACAAUGUGUACUAUAACAUUUGUUUUCAUGCACUACAUUUGACAGCUAAUCAUUGUAUUUUAUCUCUCUGACAUAGUGGGAACACUGGUUAUUGACAUCAAUAAAAGGGAAUCCAUC